GGUUCAUUUGGUGUUAUUUUUGAAGGUACAAAUAUGAUUAAUCAAGUUCCUGUUGCUAUCAAAUUUGAACCAAGAAAAACUGAAGCACCUCAAUUAAGAGAUGAAUAUAGAACUUAUAAACAUUUGAAUGGUUCUUAUGGUAUACCAAAUGCUUAUUAUUUUGGCCAAGAGGGAUUACACAACAUUUUAGUUAUUGAUUUAUUGGGUCCUUCUUUAGAAGAUUUAUUUGAUUGGUGUGGACGUCGUUUUAGUGUUAAAACUACUGUUCAAGUUGCUGUACAAAUGAUUUCUUUGAUUGAAACUUUACAUGCUCAUGAUUUGAUCUAUAGAGAUAUUAAACCUGAUAAUUUUUUAAUUGGAAGACCUGGACAACCUGAUGAAAAUCAAAUCCAUUUAGUUGAUUUUGGUAUGGCUAAACAAUAUAGAGAUCCAAGAACAAAACAACAUAUUCCUUAUAGAGAGAAAAAAUCAUUAAGUGGGACUGCAAGAUAUAUGUCAAUUAAUACUCAUUUAGGUAGAGAACAAUCAAGAAGAGAUGAUUUAGAAGCUUUAGGUCAUGUUUUUUUCUAUUUCUUAAGAGGUCAAUUACCAUGGCAAGGUUUAAAAGCUCCAACUAAUAAACAAAAAUAUGAGAAAAUUGGAGAAAAGAAAAGAACAACUGCAUUAAACGAUUUAUCUAUUGGUUUACCUCAUCAAUUUGCAACUUAUCUUGAAACUGUUAGAAAUUUAAAUUUUGAAGAAACUCCAAAUUAUGAAGGUUAUAGAAAUUUAUUAUUAUCUGCUUUAA